GGGAAAUGUAGGUUUCAGUUCGAAAGGUCAAAGUCUGGCUGUAGCCAUGGGAGACAUGGUAGUGGAGCCUGUCCCCCUGAAGCCAACUUCUGAGCCUGCUCCUAGCCCACCAGGGAAUAACGGGGGCUCCUUGCUAAGCGUCAUCACGGAGGGGGCUGGGGAACUGUCGGUGAUCGACCCAGAGGUGGCCCAGAAGGCCUGUCAGGAGGUGCUGGAGAAAGUCAAGCUUCUGCAUGGAGGUGUGGCCAUCGCUAGCAGAGGCACCCAGCUGGAGCUGGUCAAUGGGGACAGUGUGGACAGUGAGAUCCGUUGCCUGGAUGAUCCACCUGCCCAGAUCAGGGAGGAGGAAGAUGAGAUGGGGGCCGCAGUGGCCGCGGGCACAGCCAAAGGAGCAAGAAGGCGGCGCCAGAACAACUCAGCCAAACAAUCUUGGCUGCUGAGGCUGUUUGAAUCGAAACUAUUUGACAUCUCUAUGGCCAUUUCAUACUUAUAUAACUCCAAGGAACCUGGAGUACAAGCCUACAUCGGCAACCGGCUGUUCUGCUUUCGCAAUGAGGAUGUGGACUUCUAUCUGCCUCAGUUGCUUAACAUGUACAUCCACAUGGAUGAGGAUGUGGGUGAUGCCAUUAAGCCCUACAUAGUCCACCGCUGCCGCCAGAGCAUUAACUUUUCCCUCCAGUGUGCCCUGUUGCUUGGGGCCUACUCUUCAGACAUGCACAUUUCCACUCAGCGACACUCCCGUGGGACCAAGUUGCGGAAGCUGAUCCUCUCAGAUGAGCUGAAGCCAGCUCACCGAAAGAGGGAGUUGCCCUCCCUGAACCCAGCCCCUGACACAGGGCUGUCUCCUUCCAAAAGGACUCACCAGCGCUCGAAGUCAGAUGCCACCGCCAGCAUAAGUCUCAGCAGCAACCUGAAACGGACAGCCAGCAACCCUAAAGUGGAGAAUGAGGAUGAGGAGCUCUCCUCCAGCACCGAGAGUAUUGCUAAUUCAUUCAGUUCCUGUGAGGGAGUGAGGGUAGACAUUCUCAAUCAGGAAACUAAGCAAGACACACUCAGAAAGGGAGAGAAAAGCCUGCCUGUCCGGCUGGCUCCUGAGCGAGAAUUCAUCAAGUCCCUCAUGGCAAUUGGCAAACGGCUGGCCACGCUCCCCACCAAAGAGCAGAAAACACAGCGGCUGAUCUCAGAGCUCUCCCUGCUCAACCAUAAGCUCCCUGCCCGGGUCUGGCUGCCCACUGCUGGCUUUGACCACCACGUGGUCCGUGUGCCCCACACACAGGCUGUUGUCCUCAACUCCAAGGACAAGGCUCCCUACCUGAUCUAUGUGGAAGUCCUUGAAUGUGAAAACUUCGACACUGCCAGUGUCCCUGCCCGGAUCCCUGAGAACCGGAUCCGGAGCACACGGUCCGUAGAGAAUCUGCCCGAGUGUGGCAUCACCCACGAGCAGCGGGCGGGCAGCUUCAGCACUGUGCCCAACUAUGACAAUGACGACGAGGCCUGGUCGGUGGACGACAUCGGCGAGCUGCAGGUGGAGCUCCCUGAGGUGCACACCAACAGCUGUGACAACAUCUCCCAGUUCUCCGUGGACAGCAUCACCAGCCAGGAGAGCAAAGAGCCUGUGUUCAUCGCAGCGGGGGACAUCCGACGGCGCCUCUCCGAGCAGCUGGCUCACACCCCCACAGCCUUCAAGCGAGACCCAGAGGACCCCUCUGCAGUUGCUCUCAAAGAGCCCUGGCAGGAGAAAGUGCGGCGGAUCAGAGAAGCCUCUCCCUAUGGCCAUCUCCCCAAUUGGCGGCUCCUGUCAGUCAUUGUCAAGUGUGGUGAUGACCUUCGGCAGGAGCUGCUGGCCUUCCAGGUGUUGAAGCAACUGCAGUCCAUUUGGGAACAGGAACGAGUGCCCCUUUGGAUCAAGCCAUACAAGAUUCUUGUGAUCUCGGCUGACAGUGGCAUGAUUGAACCAGUGGUCAACGCUGUGUCCAUCCAUCAGGUGAAGAAACAAUCCCAGCUGUCCCUGCUCGAUUACUUCCUCCAGGAACACGGCAGCUACACCACUGAGGCAUUCCUCAGUGCCCAGCGCAAUUUUGUGCAAAGCUGCGCUGGCUACUGCCUGGUCUGUUACCUGCUGCAAGUUAAGGACAGACACAAUGGGAACAUCCUGUUGGACGCAGAAGGCCACAUUAUCCACAUCGACUUUGGUUUCAUCUUGUCCAGCUCACCCCGAAACCUGGGCUUCGAGACCUCAGCCUUCAAGCUGACCACAGAGUUUGUAGACGUGAUGGGCGGCCUGGACGGCGACAUGUUCAACUAUUACAAGAUGCUGAUGCUGCAGGGGCUGAUCGCUGCUCGGAAGCACAUGGAUAAGGUGGUGCAGAUCGUGGAGAUCAUGCAGCAAGGUUGCCGCUGUGGCACAGGAGCCUCCCCGUCUGGCCCCGUGAUGAUGGUGGCCCAAGUCAUCUGUUCGCAGCUUCCUUGCUUCCACGGCUCCAGUACCAUUCGCAACCUCAAAGAGAGGUUCCACAUGAGCAUGACGGAGGAGCAGCUCCAGCUGCUGGUGGAGCAGAUGGUGGACGGCAGCAUGCGGUCCAUCACCACCAAGCUCUAUGACGGCUUCCAGUACCUCACCAACGGCAUCAUGUGAUACCACCUCCUCAGGCCCAGGCGCAGUGGGGGACCUGGUGCCCUCCUGGAGGGCUGGUCCGAGAAAUCCCAAACCAGGAAACCCCACCUACCCAACCAUCCACCCAAAGGAAACAGAAGGCGAGAAAUCAAAGGAUCGUAUGGUAACCACGAGAGCUAGCUGGGGGCAGAGAGCCUGCUGUGGGUCCAGAACUGUGGGCUGGCCCUGGCCCAGUCAGUAUUACACCGGAUGGACCCCAACACUUACUGCCCUCGAGAAGUGAGCUGAAGAAUGUAGGGGACCGGCCUCCCACAGGCCUUGCCCUCAUCUGUCCUGUGGCCCGGGAAGGGGGACCAAGUAGCUCCUUGGUACUAGGGCUCAGUCCUGUGGUUAGCGUUGACCAUGCUGCUGCCCAAUCCAUCCUGGGCCGGUCCCCGCCCCCCAGCACUGAGCUGGUCCCUGAUUAUGGGCUGUGCUGUAGGGAUCCUGCACUUGCCGAGUUGCCCAUCAUCAGGGCAGGGAAGGGAAUCGCCAGUCUCUCCAGUAUUUGAGGGAACUUACCCUGAUCUCCUCCUCACACCCAGGGAGUAGCUUUCAAUUUUUUAUUUUUGUUUGAAAUAAAGUCCUUAGCCAUCUGCCACUGGGGGCGAGGGCUGGCAGUUAA